AUGUCUUACUAAUAUUAUGAUACAUUUAUUUCAUCAAAAAAUAAGGCAAUUCCUUGUUGCAAUAAAUAAAGUUGUAACCUUUGCAGUGGAAAAUAAGUUGUUUAAGUAUAAUAAGAUGAUAUCAAUCUAAUUGAUAAGCUUAUAAAGAAUAAAUUGUAAAGUAGAUUCGAGGAUAUAAAAUAAAAUCUUAAAAUCAAAACAUUAGAAUAAUUUUUAGAUUAUCAUCAACGUAAAUAUAGUUACUAAAUGAUUUUUUAAUUUAAUUGUUAAACAAAAGACGAACAUGGAUAAAUUAAAAUUUUUUCCUUUAAAUUAAAAAAUGAUGGCAGAAUAGAUUGGCCUAAUUAAACUUAUUUUAAAUGCAUUUCACCUAAAGAGUUUCAAGAUAUCAAAUCUUAUGUUAAACCCUUGUAGGCUGGUGCAGAAGAUAUUUAAUAAAUUUCAUUCGAAAUACCUUUCAUUAAAGAAGAAUAAUAUAUAACAAGAUGGAGAUUAUGUUGUAACAGAAUAGAUGAAGAAAUUCAAUUUGGUCCAACUAUUGAAAUUCCAAUCUAGUUGGAGAAGUAGUCUGAGUCAUAUGAAUAGUGUAACUUAUAAACACUUGAGGAUCUUAAAAAUUCAGUAAAUUUUAUAAAUUUUAAUUCAUCAGAUGAAAUAUUGCAGUAAAACAAACAUAAAAAAUUAGAUAUAAACGAGCUUUUUAAUUUAUUAUUUAAUAAAUAAUAAUGA